AUGGUGAGCCCCGCCCUCACUGCCCUCUCCUGCCUCGCGCGCCCGCUGACCCCCCCGGUCCUCGUCACGCAGGCCUCCGUCACCGUCUCGUCCCUCGCGCCGACCACGUCGUCCCAGACGCUCGAGCACUUCUUCAGCUUCUGCGGCAAGCUCUCGUCCAUCGAGGGCCCGACCGCCGGCAAGGCCACCAUCCACUUCGCCAAGGAGUCGGCUGCACGCACGGCGCUCAUGCUGUCCGGUGCGACGCUCGACGACGCCACGAUCGAGGUCCACUCGGACGACGUCGAGGAGCCCGAGUCGGCAAAGGCGGUCGGCAACGCUCAGCCGCCGGCGGCCCUCGCCGACCACCACGACGACGAGCUCGAGCAGGAGGACAAGCCGCACACGGCCAAGAUCGCCGAGUACCUCGCUGCCGGCUACUCGGUUGGUGCGACGACGCUCGACAAGGCGAUCGAGGCCGACGACAAGUACGGCGUGUCGGCGAGGUUCCUCUCGUUCUUCAACAAGCUCAAGGAGACGGUGACGGGCGUCGCGGCGCCGCACGUCGAGCGCGCGCAGCACAAGCUCGCCGACGUCCACAAGCAGAAGGGCCUGUCGCUCAAGGCCAAGGCGGCGUCGCAGAUCGGCGCCAACUACUACCGCCAGGCGCUUUCGAGCCCGCUCGGCGCCAAGGUGUCGUCGUUCUACACGAGCGUGUCGAAGCAGGCUGUCGACAUCCACGAGGAGGCGCUCCGCAUCGCCCAGGCCAAGAAGCAGGAGGCCGCCUCGGGGUCGCACUCGGGCUCGCCCGUCGCGUCCACCUCGGGCACGAGCGCCCACGACGCGCCCCUCCCGUCGACCGGCACCGUCGAGGGCACCUCAGUCACGCCCGCCGCCGCCGACAAGCCCCUCGAGUCGACCUCGGCGCCGCUCCGGGACUGA